GUUGAGAGCUAGGAGUGUUAGCUAGCAGUGUUAGCAUGGUAGAGGAGCGGUAACUGGAAGGUCGACAGUGAGGACGGCCACAUAUUCGUCUUUGUUUUGCUGUUGUGUCCCAUUGCAAUACAGAAGUACCUUCAUCAAGAGGUCACGAAGAUAACUUUGCCCGCUAGAUAAUCGAGCUAGUGUGUUUUUGUUUUCUGAACGAUUUUAAUAUCAUGGCUGCACUCAGAGCUUCAUACCACAGGAUCUUGGACAGGAUCGAGCACAUACUGCCAGCCAAACUGAGACCUAUUUACAAUCACCCUGCAGGUCCAAAAACAGUUUUCUUCUGGGCCCCGAUGUUUAAAUGGGGUUUGGUUCUUGCUGGUUUGGCCGAUAUGACAAGACCUGCAGAUAAAUUAAGCACUUCUCAAUCAGCAGUACUUACAGCCACAGGUUUGAUCUGGUCCAGAUAUUCUUUGGUGAUUAUCCCAAAAAACUGGAAUCUCUUUGCAGUCAACUUUUUUGUUGGCAGUGCAGGUGUUUCUCAGCUGUACAGGAUUUGGAGGUAUGAACAAGAUAAGAAGGCAGAGGCAAAGGUGGCUGAAGAGUCCUAAAUGCAACCGACUACGGACUAAAAUGGAGAUGAUACAAUGGGCCCUUAAUCAGCUCCCACUUUUCAAUACUUCUACAUUCACGUCACUAACAUCCAUGCCAUGAUUGUGUUUCACCACACUGCGCCCGUUUUCCCUGACGGAAAUGUAGUGUUGAGUUUCCUCAGGGUGAAAUAAAAGGGACAUUUUAACAGUCAA